AUGACAAAGGACGAAGUGUCUCAAAUUCAGGCUGGUGACGCCGAGAUUGACCAUAGCCUCGGUACUGAGCCUGAAACCAUGGAAAAGGGCACUGCUGAGCACAUCAAUUUGAACAACAAUGUCACUGCCAAAAUCAAGAACCCACUCGCCGACUUGACUCCUGCUCAAGUGAUUCGUGAUGUCGAAGAUUUCGCUCGCGACUUUCAGUUGGGCGAGAUCCUUCCUCAGCUGACGAAGGGUGCUCUUGUGGCACGCGACCCGGAGAUGUAUGCUUCCGUGCCUGAUAUGAACAACGAGGAGAUCACCGCCGUUCGUAAUGAGACUGCCCACAAGUGGAGUCAGCCUCGUGCUCUGUACUUCACUAUCAUUCUCUGCUCUAUUGGAGCUGCAGUCCAAGGCUGGGAUCAGACUGGAAGUAACGGUGCUAAUCUCUCCUUUCCCGUUGCUCUGGGUAUCCCAGAGACUGGUCCUGAUGCCGCUAGGAACCAGUGGCUUGUUGGUCUUAUCAAUGCAGCUCCGUUCAUUGCCAGUGCCUUCCUUGGUUGCUGGCUGUCUGACCCUGCCAACAAGUUCCUGGGUCGCCGUGGCGCCAUUUUCAUUUCGGCUAUUUUCUGUCUUCUCUCCCCAAUCGGAUCGGCUUGUGCUCAGACCUGGCCCCAACUGUUUGUCACCCGUCUCCUGUUGGGGCUGGGAAUGGGACUGAAAGCGGCCACCAUUCCCGUGUUUUGUGCUGAGAACACCCCGGCUUCGAUCCGUGGCGGCCUGGUGAUGUGCUGGCAGCUCUGGACUGCUUUUGGCAUUCUCCUUGGCUGCUCGGCAAACCUUGCGGUCAAGGACACGGGUGAUAUCUCAUGGAGACUCCAGUUGGGCUCAGCUUUUAUUCCAGCCGUGCCUUUGCUUCUUGGCGUCUAUUUCUGUCCCGAGUCUCCUCGUUGGUACAUCAAGAAGGGUAAGCUUCGCAACGCAUAUCAGUCUCUGCGACGAUUGCGCAAUACUGAAUUGCAGGCUGCACGCGAUUUGUACUACAUCUAUGCUCAAAUUAAGAUCGAGCAGGACAUUGCUGGUACGGGUAGUUACAUCAGCCGCUUCGGAGAACUGUUUACCAUUCCCCGUAUUCGACGUGCCACCCUCGCUUGUUUCACAGUCAUGAUCGCACAGCAGAUGUGUGGUAUCAACAUUGUCGCUUUCUAUUCGUCUACUGUCUUCCAACAGGCGGGUGCCAGUGUUACUGGGGCUCUCUUUGCGUCCUGGGGCUUUGGUCUCGUGAACUUCAUUUUCGCUUUCCCUGCUGUGUUCACUAUCGAUACCUUCGGUCGUAGGACUUUGUUGCUCUUUACCUUCCCAAACAUGGCCUGGACUUUGCUGGCUGCUGGAUUCUGUUUCUACAUUCCCAAGGAGUCUACUGCUCACCUGGCAUGUAUCGCGCUCUUUGUCUUCAUCUUCGCUGCAUUCUAUUCUCCCGGCGAGGGGCCUGUUCCGUUCACCUACUCCGCCGAAGUUUUUCCAUUGUCCCACAGAGAGAUCGGAAUGUCCUGGGGUGUCGCAAUCAAUAUGGGCUUUGCUUCGGUCCUUUCCAUCACCUUCCCCCGCAUGCUUGCAGUGAUGACUCCGACCGGGGCAUUCGGGUUCUACGCAGCUCUCAAUAUCACGGCCUUCGUCAUGAUCUUCUUCUGGGUGCCUGAGACCAAGCAGCGGACUCUGGAAGAGCUUGACUACAUUUUCGGAGUGCCCACAGACAUGCACAUGCGCUACCAGCUGUUUGAGGUACUGCCCUGGUGGAUCAACCGUUACAUCUUUCACCGCCGCAGUGUUCAUCUUGAGCCUCUGUACAAGCUUGACCACCUCGCGACUAGCGGCUAGGUCGUAGGAGAGCGACUUGCACUAAUGUCGUCAACAUUCCUUGUUUCCGUCCUGCUCGGGCACAGCCUCUGCAGCGCAUUCCUUGGUUGUGAUGAAAAUCCUCC